AAGCUAUACAGUUUCUACCACGUGAAGUCAUUACCCAGGACUAGCAAGGCUCGUAACUGUUAAUAUUUGCAAAAAAGCCGCCAAGUUUUCGGCCUACCAUCUACGGUUCGAUCCUCGCCGCUACCUCUGAUCACACAACAUGGCUGUUGGAAAGAACAAGCGCCUUUCGAAGGGCAAGAAGGGUAUCAAGAAAAAGGUCGUCGAUCCGUUCUCCAGAAAGGACUGGUACGAUAUCAAAGCGCCGUCAAUUUUCGACGUCCGGAAUGUGGGCAAGACCCUCGUGAACAGAUCUCAGGGUUUGAAAAACGCCAACGAUUCUCUCAAGGGUCGUAUCAUUGAGGUCUCUCUGGGUGACCUGAACAAGGAGGAGGAACAGUCCUUCCGUAAAAUCAAAUUACGUGUCGACGAGGUCCAGGGCAAGAACUGUCUCACCAACUUCCACGGAAUGGAUUUCACCUCCGACAAGCUGCGAUCUCUCGUACGGAAAUGGCAGACUCUCAUUGAAGCCCAUGUCGAUGUGAAGACCACUGACGGCUACCUCCUCCGUCUUUUUGCGAUCGGCUUCACUAAGCGUCGUCCAACGCAGGUCCGUAAAACAACCUACGCUCAGUCAAGUCAGGUGCGAGAGAUCAGGAAGAAGAUGUUCGAGAUAAUGACCCGUGAGGCCACAAACUGCGAUUUGAAAGAGCUUGUGCAGAAGUUCGUGCCAGAGGCUAUUGGACGGGAGAUUGAGAAGGCGUCGAGGAGCAUCUACCCCUUGCAGAACGUUUAUGUUCGAAAGGCUAAAAUUCUCAAAGCACCCAAGUUUGAUGUUUCGAAACUCAUGGAACUGCACGGGGAGUCGACGGAUGAGACAGGUACCAAAAUUGCGAAAGACUUCAAGGAGCCUGAAGUUUUGGAAUCUGUAUGAAUGGCUUAGUUCUAUGUACUACUCUUAUGCUACUACUUUCCCAUCUAUAUGAGCAAGCCAUUAUCAUCACGGACGUAAAUUAUGGAAAAAUUACGCCUCAUGUCAUGUUGGCCACGCAAGAAAGAUGAUUAGAUAAAUGUACGAUCAUUGCUCAUCGAGACAGGAGAAAGGGUCUCUUGCUUUCCUUCAGCCAUGGGUGAUGUUGAGUACCUCCGCUCCAAGCUCACGUCGCAUCCCGAUUUUCCACAAAAGGUGGCUUGUUCUUUCAACUGUCAUCUUUAGUUAACACAAGUACCUUCCAGGGUAUCGUCUUUUUGGACAUUUUCCCCAUUCUCCGCGAUCCGAUAGCAUUCGAGACUCUCAUCACGCAUUUCCUGUACCACCUUACCUCGCACACUAUUCCCUCUAUUCCUUCCAAGAAAAUCGAUGUCGUCGUAGGCCUUGACGCCCGCGGAUUCCUCCUAGGUCCCAUCAUUGCUCUCCGUCUCGG